CAUUAUGGUAUGAGAAUACCAGUACACCAUUACAUGAAGCAGCUUGGAGAGGAUUAAAAGAUGAAGUACAAUGGCUUCUUAACAAGUUUGGUUACAGCACAUAUCAUCGUGGUCUUCAUGGUUGGACUCCAUUACACUCUGCAUCAUAUGGUGGACACAUUAAGAUCCUUCGACUACUCAUCCAUCAAUAUGGUAUUGAUCCUAAUGAAGGUGAUGAUAAUAGUGUAUCUAGUAUACAUAUGGCAUCUUAUAAAGGCCACUUAUCUAUAGUAAAGUAUCUAGUAGACACAUGUCACGUUCCUCCUGAUCAACCAGACAAUAGCAAUAACACUGCAUUACUGUACUCAGCAAUGGGGGGCCAUUCUGACCUAGUAGAAUUCUUUAUUGAGAAUAAUUGUAAUACUUCUCACAUUAAUUGUGAAGGUGCCUCUUUAUCAUUGCUGGCUUGUCAAAGUGGAGAGUUUGAAUUAGUUUACAAGCUUGAAUCAUUAAACCACUUUUCACCAAAUUCCUUUGAUUUUUAUCAAUCUGGCAUAUUGCAUUACUCAUCUAUGAGUAAUAAUGUUGAGCUUUUUAAGUAUCUUUUAAAUCAAUAUCAAUUAUCCAUUGAUGUAAAGGAUCGAUUUGGUAGGACUCCGCUUCAUAUUGCUUCAUGGUUUGCUUCAUCAUCAGUUGUUGAGUAUAUUGUUAGUAUUCAAGGUAAUGAAGCAUUAUUAGUUAAUGAUAAUAUUGGUACAUCAUGUUUACAUUAUGCAACUGGUGCAGCUAUUAACUUCAAUGCUGGCAUAGUGUAUAGUAAGCUUAUGGCACCAAGUGAUGCAUGUAGCAUUAAUAUUGUUAAUUAUACUAGAAUAAAUCCAAGUAUUGAUUUUAUCAAACGAAAUGAAAGAGUUAAAUUGUUUUCUUUCCUUCUCAAGAAAGCUAGCACUUGCCCUAACUUUGACAUCAAUGCUACUACAAAUGAUGGUAAGUCAUUACUUCAUUUUGCAUCACGCAGUGGCAGUACAUUACUAGUGAAAGCAUUAGAAGAAUAUAAUAUCAAGCAUACAUUAGAUAAUGAUGGUAGGUCUCCAGUACAUUGUGCUGCCUGGUCCGGUUCUACUAGUGUAUUACAUUGUAUCUUAUCUCAGUAUAAUCUCAAUGCUAAUGAUACUGAUACUUAUGGUCGUACACCAUUAGUCUACUCCUGCUGGUCAGGUAGUAUUAAUUCUGUUAAAUAUCUUAUUAAUGAUCAUAACAGUGAUUCCAAUAUCAUUGAAAAUGAUAGUAUGACAUGUCUUCAUCGUUCUUGUCGUCAUGGUCAUAUUGAUAUCACUCAAUAUCUAAUUGAGGCACAGUAUUGUGAUAUUAAUAAAACAGAUAAUUACAGACGUACAUUAGUACAUCAGACUGCAUGGAGUGGUAACUUUGAUUUAGUUCAGUAUCUUAUUACUGAACAAGGUUUGUCUCCUAUGGCAGUGGAUAAGGAUGGUGUCACUGCUUUACAUUAUGCCUCACUGUCUCUUAACUUAUUUCUUGUUAAAGAAUUAAUAACUACCCAUCAGUUAGAUCCUCAUCAAGCUGACAGUAAGGACAGUAUGCUACCACUUCAUUAUGCUGCUCAAUCUGGUGAUAUUUUGCUACUGGAAUUAUAUGUGAAGGAUUACAAGUGUAGUCUGAGCCUUACAGAUAACAGAGGUUGGAAUAUUUUUCAUGUUACAUCAUUAAAAGGUCAUGCUCACUUUAUCAAACAUAUCACCAGUCAUUAUCCUCAAUACAUUAGUUUACUACACUCUACUGACAAAUUGGGACAUGUUUUAUUGCAUAUAGCUUGUGAGAGUGGUAAUAUUCAGUUGGUCACAUUUCUAAUAAAUGAUAUGAAAUGUGAUGUCAAUGCUACUGCAACUAUUGGUAGUAAUUGUGUCAUGAAUGCCUGUUUCUCAGGUAAUCUUGAUCUAGUACAGUUACUGAUACAAAAAUACAAGCUUGAGCCUAUUAAUAUUAAUAACAAUGGUUUCUCAGUAUUACAUGCAGCAGUACAGGUUGGUCAUACUCAUAUACUGGAAUGGUACAGUCAGGAGUAUAGUGUAGAUAUUACUAAUCACACUAACAAUAAAAAGUAUACAUUAGCUCAUAUAGCUGCUUAUUGUGGUAAGCUACAUUGUCUACAGCAACUCAUCAACAAGUAUCAGUGUGAUGUUAAUGCCACUACUACUGAUACUGGCAGUACAGUUCUUCAUAGAGCAUGUCAAGGAAGUCAUCUUCCAGUUGUACUUUACCUCACCAGUCUUCCUCAGUGUAAUGUAGCAGCUAAGACUUUUUAUGGAUCAACAGCUCUUCACAUUACCUGUGAGUACAGUGGCUCUCUUCCUAUACUCAAACAUCUGGUAGAGAAUCAUCAGUUAGAUCUUUUUGCUGUGAAUAUCAUGGGAAAGCCUCCUAUUCACUUAGCAUGCAGUGAUGGAAGAUUGAACUUAAUCAAGUACAUUAUAGAACGUGCACCAUCAUCACUCGAACUAAAUGAUGCAUCUGGUCAAACUCCAUUCCUUAUUGCAGUUCAUUACAAUCAGCUAGAAAUUAUUAAAUAUCUUAUUAGUAAGAAUUGUAAUUUAUCAGCUACUAAUAGUAUAGGGUCUGGAGCAAUUCACUUAUCAGUAGCACUGGGUCACUUAAAUGUAUUGAAGUAUCUCAUUGAUAAUAAUUAUUGUAAUCCUAAUGCAACCAAUUUUCAAGACCGUACACCACUACAUUUUGUUGUAAUGUUAUUUAACAUUUGCAGCCUAUAUGAAGUAUUGGAAUAUUUACUGAGUAAGAGUAUACCUUCAAUGAGUGUUGUCAGGUUACGUGAGAUAAAGUGUCUAUUAGACAGUCCACAUGACAUAUACAAUAAUCCACAUAAUGCUGUACUUAUUAAUGUACAAGAUAAAGAUGGUAACACACCAUUACAUGUAGCCUGUCAACGUGGCCCCGAGAAAAUACUGGCAGUAUCAUUAUUACUAAAAGCCAGUCUGUCUAACAAUAACUUAUUAAUUACUAACAAGAAAGGACAUACAUCAUUACACUUAGCAGUUGCCUCUGGUCAUAAGGAUACCGCUAAAGCUUUACUGUCUUCUGUCAUUGGUAGUUUUACUCAUCAUGAUCUCCUUACAGCUACUGAUAAUGAAGGAUAUACUGUAUUACAUACAGCUUGCAGUAAUGGCCAUAAUGAUGUGUUUUAUGAUUUAUUUAGUAUUUAUCCUCAAGGUGUUAAUGUAAUGGAUAAUAGAGGACGUGGUUUACUUCAUGCAGCAUGUGAGGGAGGAGAUAUUGGAAUAGUAAGAACACUAAUUGAGACACAUGGACUGGAUCCUUUAGCAGAAGAUAAAAAUGGCAUCACCUGCUUACACUUACUAGCAGAGAGAAAGAGAGUUUAUAUAUACCAGUAUUUGGAACCAAACAUUGUCUCUAAUCCAAUACCUAAAGACAAGUCUGGUCGUACUCCUCUUCAUUAUGCUUCUCGUUCUGAUAAUAUUCGUAUGGCACGUUAUCUCAUAGAGACUUUCCCCUGUACUCCUGAUGAUCCUGAUAAUAAUGGAUACACUUCAGUUCAUGGAGCAUGUGAAGCUGGUAGCAUGGAGCUAGCACAAUACUUUCUAACUGAACUCAAUUGUAAU